AAGAGAUCGGAAACCGGCACCGGGAGGCACGGAUAAAUCGAGACUUCAUCAUGAUUGAUGGAUGGAUGGAUGGCUGGGACUUCUGCUACUACAUUACUUAAAUAGUACUGCUCUCUUCUGUUCAUAUUCCUUCAAUUAGAAGAUACUUACCUCCCGUAUCCAUCUGAUCCACCACAAUGGCUGCUGUCCAGGAGAGGAGGUUACCGUUUGGCAAGAUUGAGCCCAACUCGCUCAAGUAUUUUGGUGCCUGUACUGUAGGAGGAAUUAUCGGAUCCCUCUACAAAGCCUGUGGUCCAACUCAUACCUCCGUCACCCCCCUCGACCUCGUCAAAUGUCGCCGCCAGGUUGAUCCCAAAAUCUACACCUCCAAUCUCUCCGCAUGGCGUUCCAUCAUCUCCAAAGAAGGCCUGCGCGGCAUCUUCUUCGGCUGGUCCCCGACCUUGCUCGGCUACUCGCUCCAGGGAGCCGGCAAAUACGGCUGCUACGAGUACUUCAAGCACCUCUACGGCGACCAGCUCUUCCCCAACAUGAACCGCACCGUCGUCUUCCUGGGCGCUAGCGCCUCCGCGGAGUUCUUCGCCGAUCUCGCCCUCUGCCCCAUGGAAGCCAUCAAGGUGCGCAUGCAGACCACCAUGCCGCCGUUCGCGCACAGCCUGCGCGAGGGCUGGGGUAAGAUCGUGGCCACGGAGGGCGUGGCGGGCCUGUACAAGGGCCUGUAUCCGCUGUGGGCGCGCCAGAUCCCGUACACGAUGACCAAGUUUGCGACGUUCGAGGAGACCGUGGGGCUUAUCUAUCGCACGUUGGGCAGGCCCAAGGAGAGCUAUAACGGGUUGCAGCAGACCGGGGUGAGCUUUUUGGGCGGGUAUAUUGCUGGGAUCUUUUGUGCGAUUGUUAGCCAUCCCGCCGAUGUGAUGGUUAGUAAGUUGAAUGCGGAUCGGAAGGCUGGGGAAUCGGCCAUGACGGCUGUCUCGAGAAUCUACGGCAAUAUCGGUUUCUCUGGGCUGUGGAAUGGUCUGCCGGUUCGUAUAGUCAUGCUGGGUACAUUGACUGGAUUCCAAUGGUUGAUUUAUGACUCCUUCAAAGUGUUCCUUGGUCUUCCGACUACAGGAGGCCAUUAAUUCGAUAAUGACCAUGGGAUAGAUAGAUAGAUAGAUAGAUAGAUAGAUAGAUCAUGGAGUUUCAUACCGCCGUUAAGAGACCGAUUGUAGAGGAUUGAGUCCGUACGGAGUCACGGAGUGGUGCUUUGUAGAUACAUACGCAGCAGACCGCCUUUCAUCGAGAACCGA